ACGCACAAAGCAACAAGUCUAUACUAUAUGAUGAUGUGUACAUACGUUUUUUUUUCUCUCCAUAAUGUGAGACAUGCUAAUUUAAUGUUAUGCUUUCUUUCUACUUCCAGGUAUCAAAAAUGAAAACAAAAUGGCAAAAUAAAGAAAACUGAAGAACUGACUAAGAAGCAACAUGAAAAGAAAAAAAGACAGUGGCGGGAAAGCUCAAAGCGUUAUUAUAAAAGAAAGAAACAGCUUAAAGCUGUACUAGACAAAACACCAUCUAGUGAGGAAGAUGUUUCACUUCAGCUUAUUCAAGUUAUUAAAGAAGCAAAUGAAGUUCAAGAAAAUCUUCAAGAAGCAGCACCAAAAGAACAGCCAUUCUUGUCUCAGCAGGUAAAUGUCCCUGAAAAAUCCAGUUUUCAAUAGGGCUGCCAAACGAUUAGUCGUGAUUAAUCAUUUGCAGAAUAAACGUUUUUGUUUACAUAAUAUAUGUGGGUGUACUGUGUAUAGUAACUAUGUAUACAUUAAUACACAUAUUAUACUUUUAACGUAAUUAAGUUCAACUAACACAACACACUAUUCUCAAAAGUUCUAAAGCUCUUUUUAGUUUUUGAGUUUCCAACUUAUAGAAAUAUAUUUUACAGUGUAGUGACAUCAACUUAACUCCCCCCAAAAAUGAGAUACAGAAACCAAGAGAAAUAAAAACAUCUACCCCAAAAGACUCACCCAAAACGAAGAAAAGAAAAAUAACACUAUCCAAACUGAGGGCAAAGUUGCGCAGCACAGAAGAGAAGCUUCUGGAAAGAAAUAAAGAGAUUAUCAACCUAACGAAAAGACUAGGAAGACUUGAGAAGAGGGAGAGAAAGCAGGAACUUGUGAACAUGGAAUGCAGAGAGGACAAAACAAAAGCUAGAAAGAGAGAUCAGAGAAUGUUACCCAACAGCCAGAGAAGAUUUAUGCGCAGAAUUGUUAGCGACUUCUUUCACCAAGAUGAAGUUUCGACUGUAAUUAAUGGCAAAUCUGGUGAAAUUCGAAAAAAGGGCCAGAUAUUUCGCAAGAGAGCCUUGACAAACAACAUGGCAAAUCUACAUAGAAGAUUUCAGACUGAGAAUCCCAGGCACAAACUUUCUAUGUCUCAGUUCUGUAAACUUAAGCCAUUUUGGGUCAUCCAACGUAGAGUAACAGACAGAGAAACAUGUGCUUGUAAAACACAUGAAAAUUUUGGCUUGAAGAUAAAAAAGCUGCAUCAGCUAGGAAUCAUAGCUACAUCCUCUCCAAGAGAGAUUGUGCAGGCCAGUGUGUGUUGCGACAACGACAUGUCCUGCAUGUACAGGACAUGCAGCAAUUGCAAAAAUAAGAAAUUUCCCACAACACAGGAUCCUUCACUGAAAGAAAACAUCAUAGUAUGGGAAGAGUGGGUUACAAAAUCUGUACCAAAAAAAGGUACAGUUGUGCCCACUGAAGAAAAGGAAGUGAGGAAGGCUUUCCUUGAGAAGAGACAUACCUCCAUUGAAAAGCUUGUAGAACUGACACAGGACCAUCUCUCAAACUUCUCAAGACACAUAUUCAACAUCAAGCAUCAAUAUGAAAGACUGAGGAAAUUGAGAGAGUCCCUUACUCAGAAUGAAGUAGUAGUUCAUGUUGACUACAGUGAGAACUACGCUUGUAAAUACAGCAAAGAAAUAAAAGAAACUCACUUUGGAGGUGGCAACCAGCAGGUAACCCUCCAUACUGGAGUUAUUUAUCUCAGUGGGGGGAAGGUGAAGUCCUUUGCAUCACUUUCGGACUGUCUUCAGCACAAUGCCAUAGCCACAUGGGCUCACCUUGAUCCGGUACUGAGGAGCAUUCGAGAGGAGCAUCCAAAUGCAAGGGACAUCCACUUUAUUUCAGAUGGGCCCACAUCUCAAUACCGGAACAAAACCAACUUUUAUCUAGCCUCAACAGUGCCAUUCAUGAGAGGAUUUAAUUGUGUAACAUGGAACUUCACAGAAGCAUCCCAUGGAAAGGGUGCUCCUGAUGGAGUGGGUGGUGCCUUAAAAAAUCUGGCUGACAGAAUUGUGUCCUAUGGUACCAGCAUACCGGAUGCCAACACUCUUUUUGAACAGCUAAAUCUCAAUUCAUCUGUAAGGCUCUUUAAAAUUACGGAGGAAGAUGUCAAAACAAGUGCCGAAUUAGUACCACCAGACCUGAAGACAGUGCCUGGUACAAUGAGAAUUCAUCAGCUGACAUCAACAAAGGCAGGCCUUAUCUACACCAGAGAAGUGUCCUGCUUUUGUGAUUUUGCCUGUGGAUGUUUCAGUCCAAAAGAGUUUGACUUCAGAGACAAUGUGGAGCCAGAAAAGGAGAACACAGAGUCAGUUUUGGAAGCAGGAACGUGGGUCCUUGUACAAUAUGAUGGAGACCUGUUUCCUGGCACAAUCACACAGAUUGUAGAUGGUCAGUAUGAAGUUGACACAAUGAGUUGUGCUGGACCGAACAAAUUUUUCAUUCCAUCCAUAAGAUAUGAGGGAGAAAAAGUGUGGUACUACUUUGAUGACAUAAAAGCAGUCAUUCCAGAGCCACAACCUGCCACAUCCUCAGCUCGACACUUCUGUGUGUUGCCCGAGAUCUGGGCAAAGUACACAAAGAAACAUGUGUAAAACAUUCAAUUGGUAAAGAUGGUAGCAAGAGAUGUUGGGGUGGUGAUAGAACCGCACCAUAUAUUGUUCGUUUGCAAGUUAAUCCCAAUACAGUAAACUAGAGUGGCAUUUAACCUACUGAAGUAUAGUUAACUGAUUUUCUUCUAUUACAAUUUCCUGUUUGCACCAAAUCCAAUGAAUUAAAUACCUUACCAAUAU